CCCCGCCCCCCGGCCCAGCACAAAGCACCUUUGCAUAGAUCGGGUUCAAAAGGAACCAAUUUUACAACAAAGGGGGAGGGGAUCAACCCCCCCAGAACGGAAACGGGGGGGGAAAAACGCCCCUCCACCUCCCCCGGACCCCCCCCGACUCUGCUGGGCACGGUCCUGAAAGAAGAUGGCCGCCAGGAGACAAGAUGGCCGCCAGGAGACAAGAUGGCUGCCAGGAUUUAAGAUGGCUGCCUGGAGUCAUGGGAGUUGGCGGGAGGCAAGAUGGCCGCCGGGUUUUGUGGGCUGCUCGUAGUCAAGAUGGCUGCCAGGAAUCAAGAUGGCUGCCUGGAGUCACGGGAGUUGGCGGGAGGCAAGAUGGCCGCCGGGUUUUGUGGGCUGCUCGUAGUCAAGAUGGCUGCCAGGAAUCAAGAUGGCUGCCUGGAGUCACGGGAGUUGGCGGGAGGCAAGAUGGCCGCCGGGUUUCGCUGUCAGCUGGUGGUCAAAAUGGCUGCCAGGAACCAAGAUGGCCGCCGGGCUUCGGUGUCAGCUCCUAGUCAAGAUGGCUGCCUGGUCACAUGUUGGUCAGAGUCAAGAUGGCUGCCAGGAAACAAGAUGGCCGCCGGGCUUCGGUGUCAGCUCCUAGUCAAGAUGGCUGCCUGGUCACAUGUUGGUCAGAGUCAAGAUGGCUGCCAGGAAACAAGAUGUGUGCCGGGAGACAACAAAGUUGGCAGGAGUCAAGAUGGCUGCCGGGUCACGUGUUUGUCAGAGUCAAGAUGGCCACCAGGAGGCAAAAUGGCUGCCAAGUUUUUGCAUCUUUUUUUGUCAAGAUGGCUGCCGGGUGUUGGUGUGAGCUCACAGUCAAGAUGGCCGCCAGGAGACAUGAAAGGUUGAUGUGAGUCAAGAUGGCCGCCUGGUUUCGGUGUCAGCUCAUGGUCAAGAUGGCUGCCAGGUAACGUGUUUGUCAGUCAAGAUGGCUGCCUGGAGGCAAAAUGGCUGCCGGGAGUCACAGAGGUUGCUGAGAAUCAAGAUGGCCGCCAGGCUAAGCUUGUAAUCAAGAUGGCCGCUGCAUCAGGCGCUGAUCAGUCAAGAUGGCCGCCAGGAAGCAAAAUGGCCGCUGGGUUUCCAUGUUUGAGGCCAAGAUGGCCGCCAGGUCAUGUGAUGAUUGGAUCAAGAUGGCUGCCAGGAAGCAAGAUGGCCGCUGGGUUUCCGUGUUUGAGGCCACGAUGGCCGCCAGGUCAUGUGAUGAGUGGAUCAAGAUGGCCACCAGGUCAUGUGAUGAUUGGAUCAAGAUGGCCACCAGG